AUGCCCGAGAUCGACGUCGGUAUGAUCCCAAAAUGGCUACCUCGAUUUUUUGGCCUCCUUUCAUUUAUUUUCAAUCCCCUACUGAUCUACCUUGUCAUGACCCAAAAUAAGUGCAAAAUCGGUCCUUAUCGGCAAUUUUUGGUGUGUUUCGCCUUAUUUGACAUGACCUACUCAGCGGUCGACGUUUUUGUGGGAAUGGUAAGGAAAAUGAGCUUUUUUUUAUUUAAGUGAUAGUUUUUUCAGGCUUCUCAUCACUAUGAAUCCUCCUUUUCAGUUUUCGUUAGCCAUGGACCUCUCGUCGAUGUAAGAGAGUUUAUUUUCGUCUUUCUCAAAAAUAGGGUCCGAUCAGUAGAACAAUAGUAUAAAGAACACGUCUGGGAAUUUCGGAUGGGAGCUGGAAAGAAAUGAAUAAAAAAAGGACCACGUUGUUGAAUGGAUAAGAGUUCACACGUGUAUAACUAGUAUCUGAAAGUUUUUCUUAUGAUCUUUGAAAAAGUUCUUUUGAAAGUAUCGAUUCAUGCUAUUGAAUUUCCCCAUUGAAAUGUACAAAACCUUCAUGAAAGUUGAGAAUUUUUUGGAUGUCAUUUUUCAUUUUUGAUGAAAAAAACAUAACUUUUUGGUCGCAUUUAGAAUGGCUCAACAGUAAAUUCAAAUUAUCACACGUCAAGCUUCCCCAAUCCAGAACGUUUCAUUACCACCUUGCGCAAGCCGUUUCAUGGUCGGACGCAGUUCUUAAAAACCGAGCCAUUCCCAGUGCGACCAAAUCUUCAUUUCCAAUUUCUAUCAUAUUUUACAAUUUUUUCAGAACCCAGCAGCUGGGAAGAUUGGUUUGACUGUUCGAUGCGCAUUUGUCUGCCUAAGUUACGGUAUUUUGGAAAUUCACUUUAUCUAUCGCUACAUUUCCCUGUGCAGGUUUCUUUGUUUUGUCAAUGUCUUUCUACAAAGUUUUUAAGACCAAAACUGCUCCAUUGGUUCACCCAACCUUUAUACAUAGUCGGAUGGUUCAUUUUCUGGCUUUCUUUUGGUAUCUACUGGGCUUUCGCCAUGUCUUUGGCCUAUCUGGACGAGGAGGACAUUGAAUUUCUUCGCGAUUCUUUUCUCGACACUUAUAAUGUCAAUAUUGAUGACAUUGGAAUAAUUGGGAUCCGUUAUAAGGUAUUUUCAUAUCCAAAAAAGAUCCAAGCUUCUAUUUCAGGCGACCAACCCGAGGACUAUUUUGAGGACAAGCGCCGGAAUGUUGAUGGGAAAUAUUAUAUCCGUAGCAGUUAUCACUUCCUACUGUGUCAUGGGAAACAAGGUGGGAAAGAAGAACGCGUGUACUUUUUAGAAAAAGUUAUUACGAUGGGUAAUUGAAGGAAAGUACAUUUCGAGACGUGUUCUCUGAAAAUGGAAGCUAUUUUUGGACUUUUUUCCUGAUUAUUCAUUUUCAUGGGCAUGGUCGAGUAUGAUGUGAUUCUAGCUACUGUUCGAAAGACAAAAAGUUCGAUACCGCACGAAAAUUUGGCAAAAAAAGAUUUUUAUUUGGAAAUUUUUUUAAAAAAAUAUUAUUUUUCGUUUAGCUUAGUUGGGUCUGAGCUCGGCUAACUUACAGAGAAUCGAAAGUUCGAUCCCUCAGCAAGCCUUUUUGGCGAAAAAAAGAUAAUAUGCUUUUUCAAGGAGGGGCGGAGGGGGAGGGGGGUGGAGUUGACUACUGUCUAAAAUCUCCCAAGUUCAACUCCUCACCAAGAAACUUUGCAAUUCUACUUUCAAAAAAAUUCACCAGAGACUUUUUUUACUACUUGAAACUUGUUUUUUUAUUCAUCACAGUGUUAAUUUAGGUUUUUCAAGAUUUAAAAAAAAAGUGGGGUUUGGAGAGGAAAUAACCAAGUUUCAUCUCGUUGUUAACAAAUGAAGUGAUUCUGAAACGUAUUCAGAAAGAGAAAAUUAAUUUCUGAACUAUCCGAUAGAAUUUUAAUUUCAAGAAAUCAUUUUUCAGAUCAACAAGCUUUUGAAAGAGUCUACUAUCAGUACAGCUGCAAAAAGAGUUCAUCGACAGUUAUUUUUGGCCCUUGUGGCUCAAACAGUUAUUCCAUUUGUGGUCAGCUUCUUGCCUUGUAUGUUUCUAUGGUAUACACCUUUAUUUGGUGUGAAUUUGGGAGGGUAAGUGUUAACGAGAGAAGUUCAGAAAGACAAGCUCUUUAAGUUUGAUUAGGUGUACCUUAAGGUACCCUGAAUCCGAAACUCAAAAAAUAAUUUGCAUUUUUACUAAGAAUAACUGCAGGUUGUGUGCCUGUCUACGGUCCACAGGGUCACAAGUUCGAUCCCCGCCCCGACCCAACCAAGGGGUUCAAGAAAUUUUGGUAG